CCCCUGUCGGGGGCAGCCAUUGUUCCGCCGGUCGCGCCGGUCGCGCAGGACCUGGGUUGCUCUUGCGCCCGUCUCUAAGUCCUGGUACCUCCUUCAAGCUGGGAGAGGUCUCUAGUCCCUGGUUCUGAAUACUCUGGGGUUCUCGGGUGCAGGCCGCCAUGAGCAAACGGAAGGCACCGCAGGAGACUCUCAACGGGGGAAUCACCGACAUGCUCACAGAACUCGCAAACUUUGAGAAGAACGUGAGCCAAGCUAUCCACAAGUACAAUGCUUACAGAAAAGCAGCAUCUGUUAUAGCAAAAUACCCACACAAAAUAAAGAGUGGAGCUGAAGCUAAGAAAUUGCCUGGAGUAGGAACAAAAAUUGCUGAAAAGAUUGAUGAGUUUUUAGCAACUGGAAAAUUACGUAAACUGGAAAAGACUUUUUUUUUCUUAAAGAUUCGGCAGGAUGAUACGAGUUCAUCCAUCAAUUUCCUGACUCGAGUUAGUGGCAUUGGUCCAUCUGCUGCAAGGAAGUUUGUAGAUGAAGGAAUUAAAACACUAGAAGAUCUCAGAAAAAAUGAAGAUAAAUUGAACCAUCAUCAGCGAAUUGGGCUGAAAUAUUUUGGGGACUUUGAAAAAAGAAUUCCUCGUGAAGAGAUGUUACAAAUGCAAGAUAUUGUACUAAAUGAAGUUAAAAAAGUGGAUUCUGAAUACAUUGCUACGGUCUGUGGCAGUUUCAGAAGAGGUGCAGAGUCCAGUGGCGACAUGGAUGUUCUCCUGACCCAUCCCAGCUUCACUUCAGAAUCAACCAAACAGCCAAAACUGUUACAUCAGGUUGUGGAGCAGUUACAAAAGGUUCAUUUUAUCACAGAUACCCUGUCGAAGGGUGAGACAAAGUUCAUGGGUGUUUGCCAGGGCCUGGAAGGAGGGAGUAAUAGGGAGUUCCUGUUUAAAUGGCACAGAGUUUCAGUUGGGGAAGAUGAAAACAUUCUGAAGAUGGAUGGUGGUGAUGGUUGCACAACAAUGUGAAUGUACUUAAUGCCACAGAAUGGUACACUUAAAAAUGGUUAAAAUAGUAGUCAGGCACAGUGGCUCAUGUCUAUAAUCCCAGUGACUUGGGAGGCUAAGGUGGGAGAAUGGCUUGAGCCCAGGAGUUCAAGGGUAUAGUGAACCAUGAUCGCACUACUGCACUCCAGCCUGGGUGACAGAGCAAGACCCCAUCUCAAAAAAGAAAAAAAAAAAUAGAUGGCCAAUAGAUGGUAAAUUGUAUGUUGUGUAUAUUUAACCCACACACAUACAAAAAAUCAUGUCAUUAAGUUCAGCAUGGUGAUAUUAGUGGGCUGUGAAAGUGUAUUUUCUAAGCUGGUCACACUUUAAGAAUGCUUCCAAAUGAACUUUGGAAAGAUAAAAGUAAAGGUUCUAGUCAGUCUUGGAAAUUAAAUCUCUGAUUUGUUCUCUUCUGUCAAGUUUUGAAGUCUUACUCUGUUCCCAAAAGUAUAUACAUACAUGAGAUGGUAUUAAAAAUAGGGCUUGUGUAUGCCCCAUGAACAGCCUUUUCAAAUUUAGGUGGAUUUUAAUUCACUCAAAAUGAAUGUGCGUGAAUCUUACGUUUAAGAAUAUUCAGUCAGAUAAAAUCCUAAAAACAGUAUCUGCUAGACAAGUUGGAUGUUCUUCACAGUAGAAAAGUGUCUUGCUACGUCUGGGCAUAUUCUGGGGACCUCUCUGGCCUAAAUCUCUUCCUCAAGUAUCAUCCCUGUGAAAGUCACUAGAAAUCCUUACUGGGAAGUGUGCCAACUAUUUUCAGAGUUAAUGACCAGGAAGGUAUUUCCACACUACCAUGGCAGAAGCUGUUUUUUAAUAAUCUUAAUGGUGUUCUGCUGUGCUCGAAGAGAGAUCCAGAGGAAAAACCAACAGAAGCUGUAGGAAUCCAGCUAGCAAGAAUACAAGGUAAAAGGGCCAGGCAUGGUGGCUCACGCCUGUAAUCCCAGCACUUUGGGAGGCUGAGGCAGGUGAAUCACCUGAGGUCAGGAGUUCGAGACCAGCCUGGCCAACAUGGCAAAACCCCAUCUCUACUAAAAAUACAAGAAUUAGCCAGGCGUGGUGGCGGGCGCCUGUAGUCCCAGCUACUGGGGAGGCUGAGAUGGAAGGAUCGCUUGAACCAGGAAGGCAGUGGUUGUAGUGAGCUGAGAUUGUGCCACUGCAUUCCAGCCCUGGCGACAGAGCAAGACUCCCUCCCAAAGGAAAAAAAAAAAAGGAAAAAGUAUAAUCUAGUGGGCUGGAUGUAACCUGAAAAGGAAAGGUGGGUAGCCAAGUCUUUGUGAUCUUGUUGAUAGUGUUGGACUUGGGUUAUCCCAGUACAUGUGCCACAGGAAAGAAUACUAAGGCCACUCACCCAUCCUAGGAUAGACCCUAUCUUGACUUCCUAGUCUUUCAGUCAUACAUCUGGCAGCGCAUCUAGCGGUAUUGCCAGGAAAGGCAUCCCCCAGACAUAUUUCCAGAAGAAAACAGGCUAAAAAACAAGAAGACUGGGUCUGUUUGUUUUUAAAGUAUAGAAGAUUCAGGUGACAAUAAGAACAAGAAACUAAGGCCUUUAUGUUGCGACACAGGAAUCCAUCUCAGUGAGUGGUUUUUGACAAGGUUUGGAUGUUAUACCUGUGGCUCAUAGUCCCUGGAACUUAAAAAAAUACCAUAGUUGAGCAUGCUGUUUUGCCAUUUGUAAUCGUUGUUAGGAAGAGAAGCACUCGAGGUCAACUUUCAAAUCAAUUUUAGAGACAGGUAAAAGGUGGUUUGUAUCUUUCAUUAUAGAAGAAUAGAUUUGGAUACAGAAGAUAGAGGGUCUUAUUCUGGCUCCAUUACUAAUACUCUGUGUGGCAUUGGGAAGGUGGAUUUACUUCUAAAAGGUCUGAGUUUUAUCUUUAAAAUUGAUAUUUGCCCUACGUCAGAAAACCGUUAUGCAGAUCAAAAUUAAAUAAUAUAUGUGGAAACUUUGAAGAGCUUGUACAAAUACUUGACGUACAAAUAAGAAUUUGCACAACUUCAAAGAUAAUGGAUCUUCCAAGAGUUGUACAAAGAGAGCUGCACAAAUAUAAGAUGUCAUCUGUGUGGAAAUGGGUCAGUAGAGGAAGGUGACCUGGCAAGGGUUAGAUUGGGGAACAAAAGAAGGGAUAGAAAGAGAGAGGAUGGUGCCAUGGAAGGAGAACAGAAUGAGGAGAGUGAGCACCCCCAGGGCAGAAGUUGUAUUCAGUCAAUUCAGCAAAUACGUACAAGCAUGUCCUCCAUUCCAGGCACUGUUCUCGAAGCUUGGGAUGUAUCCAUGAAUUUAAGUAAAACUCAUAUUUGAGGAUUGUGGGAAGGGGACUGAUAGUUAACAAUGAACAUAAUAAAUAUGUGAAUUAUAUAAUAGGUUGGGUAGUAAGUGUUAUUUUUUAAAAAGGAAGAACAGGGUGUAGGGGAGAGGAGAGUGCAGGAGGCAGUAUUAAAUAGUGUGGUUGGAGGCAGCCUCAUUGAGAACAUGAGACUUAGGGAAAGACAUAGGGAGUUAGCUAAGCAGGUAUCUGAGGGAAGAGAUAGCCAGGCAGGAGUCCGAGCAGCAAGCCUGUGGGAGUGAGCAUGAGCAAGAUAUCCAAAGAAGCUAAAAGAGCUCUAGGCUUCUAAAAGGAAAUUGGCUGCAAAAUGAAUUCAACUUAGGUAGUGAAAUAAACCAUUCUCAUUCCAUAUCCCCUUUUUUUUGCAAAACCUCUUCUUGCUAUCACCACUUAAUAGUCUUAAAGGUAUGCCUCCCCAUGUGUUUUUCAAGUUACAUUCAAGAUACAAAUUCCUUUAAGCUAAUAGUAAUCAAACCGUAGGAAAGCCAUGGUUAUUCCAGAUCAUCUUGUACAAUCAUAGUCUUUAGAUAAUUGAGCUGUUCUUCCUGUGAAUAUAGUAACACUCAGAAGAAAAAAAGUUUCCUCUGCAUUUAACUAUUGGUUUUAUAUAAGGUGAGUGCCAUUCAAAUUUCAGUAUUUUGUGCAAGUUUGGCCUUGGGUGAUUUUCUGUGAAAUAUCUGCAGUAAGAAUUCAAGGGACAAUAGGAGCUACCAUGGCUACCCCAAGGAAAUGAAAGAGGCUUUAUUUCAGACACUCAGUAUGAAGCUACCCAAAUGAAAUGCCAAACAAAGCUAAUCCACUCAAUCUAAUACAGAAUUUACAGUAAAACAGAAAUUCUUUAACAUUAGCACUUCAGAAAAAGUGCAGGAAAUAAAAUUAGCUUUGAGGAAAGGAACAAAGCCAUGAGAUAAAAUCCUAUUACUGAUGUGACAAACAGCAACAUCAUUCCCUGUGGCAUCUAGACAUCCGCAUCCGCAAGGUAAUACCUCCUGGUAAUUCCAGGUGGAAAUAACUUCUGAUCCACUUGAAGGUGGAAGUUGAGUUGGAACUUGUUAGUGCCUAAGAAGGUAGGUUUCGUAUUUUGAAGGUAAACAUGUUUCAUUAAUCUUUCUUCGUAGGAACAGCUAAAGAAUUAGUUUAGAUUUUAAUUUUUCUAUUUUGCUGAGUGAAAAAGUAUGGCUUUUAGUGGCAUGUGUUAACUUGACCACUCUUGAGGACCAGAAGCUUGUCACUUGUGUAUUUUUCUUAGAAUGUAGCAUUUGAUACUUUUAAUUGGAAAUUUGGUGGUGCUUACAGCUUGUUUUACAUAUGUAUGAGUUGCUGACCAGUCCAGAUUUUUUGUCCAUUUUUCGGGAAAGGGAAAAGAUAAAACAGACUUGGAUAACUUUUGUUUGGAAACUGUAGAAGUAUAAUGAAAAAUUACUUGUGGAGAAAGAAGAAAGUGAUCCUCUCAUUUUCUGAUCUCAUAUUUUUCUUAUUUUCUGUGUCUUUCUCCCUUCUAGUGUCUGAGAGAUUUCUUCAAACUCUUUUACUUCUGCUACCUAUCAUUUUAAAUUUUGAUUUAAACCUUUCCCUGAGGGUUUUCUGUAGUAUUCUGUUCUUACUUCAUGGAUAGAAUAUCUUCCGUUAUUACUGGAAGCUUUUUUGUUUGAGACUAUACUGGUAGCUUUUUUGUUUGUUUUCUUCUUCCUGCAUAAUCAUCGUUUCUUCCACGUUGCUCUCUUCUGUUUAUUUUGAUGUCUGUGUUUCGUGUUCGGUGUUUUCUUUGAUUAGUUUCUUGCUUAGGAUCAUGCAAAGGCCAAAUCCUCAUGAUGAGAAUCCUUAUUUGCAGUUUCGUGUAGUUCUCUAAUUAUCAUGAAGUGUAAUAGAAAGGUGAGGAUAGUGUAUUGCUCACAGAAGCUGCUAAGUUAAAAGUGCUCAGAAUUUUAGAGCUGCUAACAUUAAAAACAAAAAUGGCCUUUUGUUUUACUUGAUUAAAAUUAAGCCUUAAGUUUAGAACAUCUUUAAACUUGGUUUAAAAUAUUCA